AUGAAAUCCCUCAUUCUCCCGCGUGCGGAAAUAGGCAACGACGAGUCUGCACAGGACCUCUACGGACUGGGAGUGCGGCUGGGAUCCUACCUACAAGCACUAGCCAUGAUCCUCUAUCUCUACGGCAACGAAAGCAACUACGGAAAGGGGCUGAAAGUCGCAUCGGGCAGCAUCACCGUCUCGAUUCUGGCUUCGUGGUUCUCCUACGCCGCCAAGCAAGAGUUCAGUCCCAGCGAGGCGAUCGUCGUCCUGAUGAUCUUAAUGAGUCUGUCCUUCCCGGCCAAAUACACCCUGCUCAAUCCGCGGACCAUUAUGGGCGAAGCCAUCGGCGUUAUCACCCUGCUUCUGACCGAGCUAGGCACCUGCGCGGCCCUGCUGUGGACCUUUGGCAGUCUCGUCCACUCUCUCCCUCCCUUGGGAACUCCCAACGUGGUGUUCUUCUUCUCCCCUGUUUCCCUGACCGGCUGGUUCCGCUACGUCGCCCUCGUAUAUCUUGCCGUCGACGCCAUCUCCUCUCUAUAUGUAGCGUACAGGAUGGUUCGCGUCGUGAUGAUCGCCUGGACGGCUCACGCUGCCGGCCGCACUGAGGCCAACGCAGCGGAGCGCGACGCAAUCGUCAACACCAUCAAGUGGAGUCAGGACCAGUUCGCGCUCACAAUCAUGCUGUGGCUGGUUUGGAUAUUUUCCAUUAUUGCGGUGGAAACGACGCUGCAUUGGAAUGGCCUGACGCCGUUGAACGAUCUGCGCUCGCCGGGCCAGCUGAUUCCGUUUAUUACGGGGGUCAUUUUGCUGAUCGAUAGUGUUUCGGUGGUAAGUAGGGAGUUUAUCCCGUGGUAUACGAAGAUCAUGGUUCCGAUCUGGUCGGCUGGUUUCAUUUUGUUCUACAUGUACCCUUCAACCUUCCACGACUACUUUGAUGAUCUCUGGACCUUCAACUUUAAUACUCAAGCCACGAUAUAUGCCACUUCUUACUUGUCCUGA